AUGGCGCAAGGUCAUGAAGAUGAAAUCUUUGAAGACGAACGUUUAACGAUCAGAAGACUUCAGAUUGAACCAUUUAUGUUCGAACCUGGUGCUGACGGAUUAGAGCGAGAGGAUAGUUUCUCAACUGGGCAGGGAUCAACUAGCGAUAGCGAAGAGGAAGAAGAGAUGCCUGAUGUAAAUCUAGAAAGAAUCGGAAAUACUGAGUGGUGCCAAUGCGGGAAGUGCACACUUAUGCCUACCGGCCGUGAGAGUUUGUGUUGUCGUGAAGUUUACAGGGUGCGGCUAAAGGCAGAUGACAAGAACUUACAAUGUAUAGGCGAAGACGAAGAUUUUAAGACCGUAUGCUUAAAUACAGCAGUAAUAUUGACAGCAAUCUACCAGUAUGUUGAGGAUGAAACUUACUUGGAUGAUACACCAACAUUUGAAUUGUUUCGAUACAUCAGCUACCGACAGUUUGUAAGAUGGAUUUGGCACAGACUUGGAAAGCACAGACGAGAAAUACUGCCUGCUUGUGUUGUCUGCUCCAUAAGGAAAAAAUUUCCUUCAAAUGAAUAUACCGGCUUUAAAUACCCAAAACUGGACAUCUAA